AUGAGCAGCUUCAGCAGCAAGGAGCUCGCCCCGCCCUCCACCCUGGAUGCGCCCCGCAUCUUCCUCAAAAAUGAAAAAGGGCAGUAUAUAUCUCCAUUUCAUGAUAUUCCAAUUUAUGCAGAUAAGUAUGUGUUCCACAUGGUUGUUGAAGUUCCACGUUGGUCCAAUGCAAAAAUGGAGAUUGCUACCAAGGACCCUUUAAAUCCAAUUAAGCAAGAUGUUAAAAAAGGAAAACUGCAUUAUGUUGCAAAUUUGUUCCCAUAUAAAGGAUAUAUCUGGAAUUAUGGUGCCAUCCCUCAAACAUGGGAAGACCUAGAACACAAUAACAAACAUAGUGGGUGCUGUGGUGACAAUGAUCCAAUUGAUGUUUGUGAAGUUGGAAGCAAGGUAAGUGCAAGAGGUGAGUUAAUCAGAGUGAAAGUUCUGGGCAUAUUGGCUAUGAUCGAUGAAGGAGAAACCAAAUGGAAAGUGAUUGCCAUUAAUGUGGAUGAUCCUGAUGCAGCCAAUUACGAUAUUAGUGAUGUUCAUCGGCUGAAACUUGGGUACCUAGAAGCUACUGUGGACUGGUUUAGAAGGUACAAGGUUCCUGAUGGAAAACCAGAAAAUGAGUUUGCUUUCAAUGCAGAAUUUAAAGAAAAGGAAUUCGCAGUUGAUAUUAUUAAAAGCACUCGUGACUAUUGGAAAGCAUUAGUGACUAAGAAAACAGAUGGAAAAGGAAUCAGUUGCAUGAAUACAACAGUGUCGGAGAGCCCCUUCAAGUGUGAUCCGGAUGCUGCCAAGGCCAUUGUGGAUGCUUUACCACCGCCAUGUGAAUCUGCCUGCACAGUACCAACAGAUGUGGAUAUGUGGUUCUAUCACCAGAAAAACUGAUACAGUUCUCUGGAGUACAAGCUGAUUUUCUGCAUCCUAUUCAUCUGCAAGUAUUAGGAGCAAAAGUGGUAACUUUUCAAAGCUU